AUGGGUAUAGCUCGCAAAGAUAAAUUUAAUCUAGAAAUAGAGUCAGCUGGGGCUCGUCGUCGACGUAAGACGGUAAGGUCUUGUACGUUUUGUCGACAGCGAAAAUUGAAAUGUGACCAGCAAAAACCAAUGUGCGGGUCCUGUAAAGCGCGUAAGUUACCUGAAUGUUUUUACACAGACGGGUUCAACUUCCAGUUGACCUCCGAAGAGCUUUUCAGUGGCAGUCCGAACGUGGCGCUCAUGAAAAGAAUCCGGGAACUCGAACGAGUACUAGCGUCCACGACGCUAGACGAUUGCGCAGAUACGGCCGUAGAUGCUGUUCCGUACGAACCGGAUGGCCACGGGCUCCCCGGUAGCGUGGCGAGUUCGGGCAGUACCGCGAGCGGUGGCAGUAGCAUCGGCAGCGCAGCUGCCACUUCGUGCAGUGGCCUCCAGUGCGACCCGGUAACGACAACGUUAAUGGGGAUGGAUCACAAUAGUAUAAACCCCAGUUGCGGCCAUGGUAACAAGCUCCUUUCGUUUCGCACGCUUAAAGACGUACAAGGUGGGAUCGUGUUACGUGGAGCCACUUCGAUUGGAGCCGCAAUGUUGGCCUCUGGAGAGCAAUUUAUCUAUGAGUACAACAAAGUGUGGCAAAGGGUGCAAAACGAAGUUGAAACUUGGAAAGUUGUCCAAGGGCAACCUUUCACGUUUGAUCAAGCCUUGCUAGAGCAACCACUUUCAGGUUCGAUUCUGGAUGCGGUUGUCGCGGAUUUGCCGACUUUCGACACUAUCAAAGACCAUUUACAACUUUUCUUCCAGAGCCCGCUACACGACCACUACCAUGUCUUAGACGAGGCCAAAGUAAUGGCCGAUUUCGAGCGCUGUUUUGUACCAGGGUACUUGCCUACGGAUGCAUCGGUCCAAGGUAAACCUAUUGUCAUGCUUCUAUCGGGCAAUGAUAAGACCAUUUAUGCCCCCGCCAUUGUGCUCAUUGUGCUGUGCUUAACUUACUACAAGACCGACAUACCGCCUUCAUUCGAGCGACUGAUAACUUUCCUGUGCGGUUGGUAUGCGAUUGAAACCUCGUGUGUUGAGCGUGUGCAGUUCCUACUCAUGCUUUAUAUUCUCAAACUGUACAAUGGCCACAUUGAGAAAAAUUGUGCUCAAAUGUGGGGGUUGGUGUCCAAUUUAUGCGCUACCGCGCUUUCGCUGGGAAUGCACAUGGACAUAGAUAACUUGUACGCCAAUGAAGAACUACGAGGCGGUACCAGAAUUGAAACGUUACACUCCAUGUGGUACUGGAUUUUGUUUGCGGAUGUAAAUGUCUCCUUUGAUAGAGGUUUCCCCUUGAUCAUUGACUCUUGCCGUUAUGAUGACAACAGACUGCCCUGCGAAUCCAAGACUCGCGAGGGCCUGCUCCGAAACUAUCUCCACAUUGCCCGUAAGACCAUGCAUACACUUUACGACAAAAAUGAAACUCCUCAAAUUGUCCACCUCGUCUCGAACCUGACCACAUUCAUCGAAAAGCAUUUCCGGCCCAUUCGUUACUACACAGAUGUCGAUUUGAUCCAAGAGGUCGACUUGUUCGAUAUCUCCAUUUUAUCCCAAUUGCUGGCCAUAGUCGCAAACUGUUUCAGUUUAACAAGGAUGCUGGAAUGCCAGAUGAAGACCGCGACGAAAAACGGAUUUAUCAAAUACGUGAUUUUGUCCAUUUCGCUAGCGGUUACAACGGUUAGAGGCUGUUUUGAAAUGGAUCGGAAACUACAUUCAACCAUGAUCUAUGGCAAAUACCGAUAUCUCACGCCUUAUACGAAUUUGUCCGUGUUGCUGCUAAACUCUGCACCUUUCAGAGCUUUGACCGAGUUAUACGGACUUCUUUUCUACAAAGUGACUUUAUUCGAAAAGGGACUGAUCGUUUCUACAGACGAAGGCAUCUUCGACUUGGAUUUGACCACUCUUGAAGUACCUGACGGUCAAUUUUUCUCGUUUCGAGGAGUUUUCAACAAGUUCUGUUCCAUUUUUGACGAGAUGUUGAAACCCGAAUGUGAUAACAUGGCUCGCGUCUUAUGGAGAUCUCACGUCUUUGUAACGACAAUGGCACUCGAAAGGGUCAACAGAGCCGUGUUUCAGGUUGGACUACAAACUAGAACUCAAGUGGAAAUCGCACACAAUUGGUCUCAAAUGGGACCAGAAGAUUUUUCCGAUGAAAUUAUGAAAUCCAUGAGUACCGAGGCAACUGACGAAUACAACAAGGCUUUUCUAGAGUUAAUGGAAAUGGAUCCAAGCGAAUAUCUCACCGAAUUUCAAAUGACCGACGACUAG